UACAACUUGAAUCAGUCAGUCGCAAUAAAGAUGCCUAACUUGUACUAUUGAACGUGUUCACUAUACAAACAUACCCUAACCUAUAUGAAAGGAGGUGAACUUCAAACAUAACCUAUAAGUUAUCCAAAAAUUCGUAAACAUUUUUACAAAAAAGUGAAUAAUUUUGUUAUACAAUGGAAACAGUGCCAAAAGAUUUACGUGGUCUCAGAGCAUGUUUAGUAUGCUCCCUAAUCAAGACUUUCGAUCAGUUCGAAUUUGAUGGUUGCGACAAUUGUGAUGAAUUUUUACGCAUGAAAAAUAACAAAGACAAUGUUUUUGAUUGUACAAGUUCUAACUUCGAUGGAAUGAUUGCCGCAAUGAGCCCAGAAGAUAGUUGGGUGUGCAAAUGGCAAAGAAUUAAUCGCUUUUGCAAAGGAGUUUAUGCAAUAUCUGUAUCAGGUCGACUUCCAGCCGGUGUUAUAAGGGAAAUGAAGAGUAGAGGUAUCGUCUAUAGACCACGAGAUACGAGUCAAAGAUAGAUAUAUUGUAAUAAUGGAUAUUUUAUAUUUUUUCUAAUUACAAGUUUUUACAAUGUUUUUGUAAAUAUAAC